AUGGACCCUGAGACGCAAGCUUGGACAGCCGGUUGGGACUACAUCACAGACCUGUUCCGGUUGUUGGAAUACGCCAUCUUUAGCCUUCAUGGCUGCAAAAACCGCAAGGCACUGCUGGCCGUGCUUUACGACAAGCCCUCCCCUAUGACACUGCUUAACAGCUUAGUUCAGCUUAGAGCCAUCAAGUCUCCCAUACUACUUGGCUUAACCGAGCCAGGUGACGGAUUCCAAAGCAACCGCUGCAAGUACAUGUCAGUCCAGAUCACUUGUACGGAGAGACUCGUCAACAUCAUGGCCCUGCUCUACUGCCAAGCACCUGUCCAUGAAGUAAUGGCUCUUGCGAAGAGUUUUCUGGAAGAAGUUACCAAAGCGCCGCUCAUCAGGUUCAAGGUCGCAAGCAGUCAGAUCGUACAUCAACUGCUUGGUGUCGGCCAUAUGCUCCGCAAUGCCUCUGGUUUCGAUAACGGUCGAUAUGGAACCGAAGCCAAACGAUUGAUUACGUUUUUAGGAGAUUUAGUAGGAAACUUGGAACACGACAUUCCCUCUGCAGCAGAAGUAGCACAACGACUCCUUGCGCUAGCAGAAAUCACUCCAUGA